AUGGAUCUUGCGCAGAGCCUUCUGCGCUCAUGUAUGCGCUCUUUCUAUGAUACAAAGUAUAUUCUCGUUAUUGAUGCUCUGAUCAUUCACUCAGCCAGUAUACGGGAUGAUGACCUAGCUUAUCUCAUGGGAAUUAAUUUGAAAGAGCUACACAAACUCUGUGGUCGUCUGAAUGAGGACAGAUUUCUUGCAGUGUAUCAUACUCGUGCAGAGCAAAAGGGAGACCAAACACGAUUGAUGAGCCGAACGUACUAUUACAUUGACUACCGUGCUACAAUAGAUGCCAUUAAGUGGCGAGUUUACCUGAUGAACAAGAAUGUACAGGGCAACACAAUUCCUCAAGAUGAACGGAAAGAGUGGUUCUGUAAUAGAUGCAAAUCGGAAUGGACUCAAAUUGACGUCUUAGAUCGUUGGGAUGCCAAAUCUGGGUUCCUAUGUCACAAGUGUAGCUUUCCCCUAACGCACGACCCAGAUAAUAACCGUGGCGGACAUGAACAGUCCACGCGAUAUCAUGCUCAAUUCAGAUUCAUAACUGAAAUCCUCCCCAAGAUUGAUGAGAUUGUCAUACCAGAAAACAAAUUUGAUCAAGCCAUGGCUGCAAGACUUGAGGUCACUCGAGAUGACACAAACCCUGCCAACGAGACUGCACCUGUUGACGUCUCAGCCGCAAAACCAACUGCUGUCAAGGGCAUGACAAAUGUUGGACCUAGCUUUAUUUCAGUCACGCUCACAACAGCAAAUGGACCAACCGAUGCCGAUCUGGCUGCUGAAAAGGCACGGAAAGAAAAAGUGGCCUUCCAGAAUGCCAUGCCUGUCCACUUUACACAUAGCACAGUCACUGGAGAGCAGGUUAAGUUCGGCACACAGCCAUCUUUAUCUUCUUCAGCACUUGAGACUGAUAGAAAAGCUGUGGGAGAUGAGUCUUCUGCAGCGAUUGACGGUGCAGAAAUGGAUGAAUACUUUGCGCGUCUCAAGGCUGAACAGGCUAAAGAAGCGGAACUUGAGCAAGCCGAAGAAUACGAAACUGAUAACGAAGAAGAGGAUGACUUUGAAGAUGUUCCUGUAAGUUCUGGGGCUGGAAAUCCAACCCUGUCAAAAUCAUCUACAAUCACCAGUGUCAGCCAAUCUACAGUUAGCCUGAAGCGGACAUCUGGUGACUUGAAAAAGAGCUCCAUCACUAGUGCUACCAAUGUACUAGUAGACUCUUCAUCUGCAACUGACGAACGAGCAGCUAAGAAGGUCCGGAUUGAAGAGCCAGCUUUUAAGGAGGAAGAUGAGAGCGAAGAGGAUAUGGAGUUUGAAGAUGUCUGA